CUUGGGGGGAGGGGUCAUCAGCAAAGUGUGACAACUGGUGAGCAGACACUGGAUUAAGAUGAGGAGAAAGGACUGUAGAGAGGGAGAGAGCCAGUCGGCACAGAGAAAUACGCUGCAUCUGUUUAACACUGACAUCUCCUCCUGGAUCCACUCACAGCAGCUUCACAUUGGAUGACUAUGGCGCUGCCUGCAGCUUUUCUCUCUGAAGACCAGUUCACCUGCUCCAUCUGUCUUGAGGUGUUUAACAACCCAGUCUCAACACCAUGCGGCCACAGCUUCUGCCAGGCCUGCAUCUCCUCCUACUGGGACGGAGGAGGGGGAGGAAAAGGGGGCGCCAAGUUCUACCUGUGUCCCCUCUGCAAGGAGUCCUUCCGUAAGCGACCAGAGCUCCAUAUCAACCGAACCCUGAAGGAAAUCACUGAACAGUUCAAGCAGAUGGCCGAUGCUGGAGUGCCAAUGGAUAGAAGAGAUGGAGGAGGAGUGGAGGAUCCAAACUCGGCCCUGUCUCCAACCCAGAGGCCAAGGGAAAUGCCGGAGACCAUCUUUGCUGAAAUGAUGUCUCGUUUUCAGAGGCUGCCGACUCCCGGGUAUCCUAACACCAUCCCCUCCUCCCCCAAUGACCCUCACCCCCAAAGCCCGAACAGUGAGCACCUCCACCCACCUCCACCCCACUCAUCCCUCUGCAGGUACACUCUUAGCGGCCCUAGUGACUCUUCCCCCACUCUGCCUCUGUGUCCCAUCCACCUGAGAGCUCUGGAGUUCUUCUGUCGGACUGAUAACACCUGUGUCUGCUGCGUCUGUGUGGAGACAGGAGAGCACCAAGGACACAACGUCAUCCCUGCCAAGAGAGAGUGGCAAAUCAAGAAGUCCCAGUUAGGUAUCGCAGAGCUGGAGCUGAAGGAGCUCAUCUGUGUGAGAGAGAGGAAAGUGGUGGAAAUACACAACUCCUUACGAGAGAUACAGGCUGCUGCUGAGAGCGAUACAGAUGGAACUGUUGCUGUGUUUGCAAAGCUGAUCUCCAGUUUGGAGCGCUGCCAAGCUGAAGUCUUGGAGGUGGUAGAGAUGACUCGUCGAGCGGCUGAGCACAGAGCUCAGGGCCUGCUGAGGGAGCUGGAGGAUGAGAUCGCUGAGCUAAAGAAGAAGCGUUCAUCACUGAGCCAGCUGGCUCUGUCUGAAGACUGCAUACUGUUUCUCAGGAGGUUCCCUACCCUGUCCACCCCCCAACAAGCUAAGGAUUGGUCCAGUGUCUCUGUAGAGUCUGAGUUGACCUCAGGGGUGAUUCUCAGGACUGUCAGUCAAAUGAUGGAGCGCUUUGGAGAAGAGAUGCAGAAACUGCCCAAAGCCAGCCAGCAAUCCUUGUUGGACCAGUCCGUACCCAGGCCCCACCGAAAGACAAGGAGGGUACAGGAAUAUGCAGCCGACAUCACCUUAGACGCCAACACAGCCCACCCACGUCUCAUCAUCUCAGCAGAUGGGAAGCGGGUGCACUGUGGCGAUCGCAAUCAGUCGGUACCUGACAACCCUGAGCGCUUUGACCGGGUAGUGUGUUUGCUUGCUCGCCAGGGCUUCAACUCAGGACGGCAUUACUGGGAGGUGGAGGUGGGAGGAAAGACUGACUGGGACUUGGGAGUGGCAAGUCGGUCCGUCAAUCGGAAGGGCAAAAUCACCGUAAGCCCCGCCAAUGGCUACUGGUUCCUCAGCCUGCGGGAUCGGACCGAGUACGCCUUCCGAACAGAACCCUCAACCAGCCUGACAGUUAGCCUCAGACCCUCCCGGAUUGGAAUCUAUGUGGACUAUGAUAAGGGACUGGUGUCGUUCUACAAUGUGGAGGCCAGAUUGCUCAUCUAUACAUUCACAGGUCAUUUUUCUGACAUCAUCCAUGCGUUCUUCAGCCCCUGUACCAAUAAAUCAGGACGGAAUGAGGCUCCACUGCUCAUUUGUCCUGUUGCAAUGACAGAUUGAAACGAGCCAACACGUUUAGAACAUCUGAGAUGGAAGAAGACUGACAUGCACAAACAUACCUCUGGAACAGAUGUGGUCACAUCUGCAUUAAUUCCUUCAUUGCAAUAGAGCAGUCGUUCCCAACCUUUUUUCCAUAAAGUCCCAGUGACAUUUGAGCUGUGUACAGUUACAAGAGGCAUUGAAAUCAAUAUAUUUCACAUUUGAUUGGACUGCUAAAACGUGGGCAGGCUCAGAAUACGGAGCUACAGAGGACUGUGGCUCCACACACAGCUCCUUUGUCACUGAAAGUUGUAGAUUGACUGAUAGAUGGAUGUCAUGAUGUUAUUGGUUGAAAUGGUUGGUACUAGCUUACAUAAGCAUUAUUUGGACAUUUUUUUGCAUAUAUUGUUAAAUAGGUGCACAAUAUGAUGGGGAACAUGAUCUUAAAGUGUGAAGAUUUCAGCUCAAACUUUAAGGAACCCCUUUUUCCAUCAUUGAGUGAACUGACGACCCCUGACUAAGUGACCUGUUUUAUGGAUAUUUAAUAUUAUAUGUAAUAUAAUAAGAGUAUAGAACAACUGAUAAACUUAACAAUUAUGGACAAAUUUGAGUAGAUUAUUUCCUGUGAAUGUUGCAACAAAGAUGUGUUUUCCUGUCA